GAUGUGGACAAGUUCUUCGGGCUUCUAGAGGUCAGAUUUUGCUGGAGGGUUACCCACUGAACGCACGAUGCGAAUGGACUAUUCAUGUUCAAGCUGGAUUUAACAUUGAAUUAAGAUUUUCCAUGCUGAGCCUGGAGUUUGACUACAUGUGCCAGUAUGACUAUGUGGAGGUCCGUGAUGGGGACAAUUUGGACAGCCAAAUAAUUAAGAAAUUCUGUGGAAAUGAGAGGCCACCUCCCAUCCGAAGCACUGGGUCUUCACUCCAUGUCCUCUUCCAGUCUGAUGGAUCCAAGAACUUUGAUGGAUUUCAUGCUGUCUUUGAAGAAAUUACAGCUUGCUCUUCCUCUCCAUGUCUUCAUGAUGGAACGUGCAUUCUAGACAAAAGUGGUACCUACAAAUGUGCCUGUCUGGCUGGCUAUACGGGGACUCGCUGUGAAAACUUGGUGAUGUGUAGGACUCCAGGUGCUCCCGCUCAUGGUAUUGUGGAAGGAGAUGACUUUAAAUACGGGGCCCAGGUUUACUUCAAGUGCAACGCAGGUUACAGCUUAAAAGGCAGCCGUGUUGCCUACUGUCAACUUGAUGGGAUUUGGUCAACACAUCAUCCUGAAUGUGUUCUAGAUGAAAAAAACUGCUCAGAUCCUGGUGGCCCUCUCAAUGGCUACAGAAGAGUAGUAGAAGACACUGGGGCCUUGAAUGGACGCUAUGCAAAAAUUGGCACAGUCAUUGCUUUCUUUUGUAACAACUCGUAUGUUCUUAGUGGGAAUGAACAGAGGACCUGCCAAGACAAUGGAGAAUGGUCAGGGAAGCAGCCAAUCUGCAUAAAAGCCUGCAGAGAGCCAAAGAUCUCUGACCUGGUGAGACAGAAAGUGCUUCCAAUGCAGGUUCAGUCAAGGGAAACACCUUUGCAUCAACUUUACUCAUCUGCAUUCAGCAAGCAAAAGCUUGACAUCUAUCCCACCAAGAAGCCAGCACCGCCUUUUGGAGAUCUGCCCCCCGGGUACCAGCAUCUGCACACCCAGCUUCAGUAUGAAUGCAUUUCUCCUUUCUACCGCCGCCUAGGCAGCAGCAGGAGGACUUGUCUGAAGACAGGAAAAUGGAGUGGGAGAGCUCCUGUGUGUAUUCCAAUCUGUGGAAAAGCAGAAAACAUCACCCUUCAGAAGACAGUGACCUCUACCAGGUGGCCCUGGCAAGCGGCAAUCUAUCGGACAGCCAACGGCAUAAAGGAGAACAGUCUCCGAAAAGGGGCCUGGAUCCUCAUCUGCAGCGGGGCCCUGGUGAACGAGCGUACUGUGGUGGUGGCAGCUCACUGCGUCACUGACCUGGGCAAGACCGUUGUGCUCAAAGCAGCAGAGCUUAAGGUGGUUCUGGGGAAAUUCUACAGAGAUGAUGACAGGGAUGAAAAGACUAUCCAGAACCUGCGGAUUUCUGCCAUUAUAGUGCAUCCCAAUUAUGACCCUAUAUUACUUGACUCUGACAUAGCUAUCAUAAAACUCUUGGACAAAGCCAGAAUCAGCAGUCGUGUUCAACCCAUUUGCUUGUCAUCUUCUCAUGACUUGACUUCAUCCAUAGAGGAUUUAAAAAUAACCGUUACUGGCUGGAAAGUAUUGGCUGAUAUUAAAGAUCCUGGAUACAAGAAUGACACAAUCCGCAUGGGAGCUGUUCGGAUGGUGGAUUCACUGUUGUGUGAGCAACAGUAUGAGGAUAAUGGGAUACAAGUCAGCAUCACAGACAGCAUGUUCUGUGCCAAACAAGACCACACAGCCUUUUCUAAUAUCUGCCCUGCAGAGACUGGUGGGAUUGCAGCCAUAACUUUGCCAGGAAAAGCAUCUCCUGAGCCAAGGUGGCACCUGAUGGGAUUAGUGAGCUGGGGUUAUGAUAAAUCUUGCAGCCUAGAACUCUACAGUGGCUACACCAAAGCUCUUCCUUUCAAAGACUGGAUUGAGAAGAACCUGAAAUAAAAAGCCAUACCUGGAAAUGGCAUUUUACGACUAUUGUAAUAUCUCUCUCAGUCUCUGCUGCAUUAGGCUUCUCAUCCCAGUCAUGAGUCACAUCUGGGAUAAGGUUAAGGCAGACAGCCUGGUAAUUUUUCCUAGGAUCAGAUGUUCUAUCAGGCUACUUUUACUCAACCCAUCACAGAGGGUCUUAGUGCAUGAGAAGUUUUGCUGUAUUUUGCCUGUCUCCCCUGGUGGGAGGAUGAUG